CAUUCUGGGUAAACUGUCUCAAAAAUUUGAAGAGCGCAUGCGUUCUCAGAUUCCUUCCUUUUGCCUCGUUGCAUCCGAAAGAGCAAGAUGGGUCACCAGCAGCUCUACUGGAGCCACCCGAGGAAGUUUGGCCAGGGCUCUCGUUCUUGCCGCGUCUGUUCAAACCGGCACGGUCUGAUCCGGAAAUACGGCCUCAACAUGUGCCGCCAGUGUUUCCGUCAGUACGCCAAGGAUAUAGGCUUCAUUAAGUUGGAUUAAAUGAACUUCCUUGAAUGGGUCAUCCAAGAUCCCUACCUUAACAGCAGAUGUCCAAGAUACCUACUUUGAUGCCAACUCAUUGUACAUAAAAUAAAAAUACGCCAAUUAUGAGUGUUUUAA